AUGUCACGUCGAGGUACUGCAGAAAAAAGAACUGCAAAAUCCGAUCCAAUUUUUCGUAAUCGAUUAGUUAACAUGGUGGUUAACCGUAUUAUGAAAGACGGAAAAAAAUCAUUGGCUUAUCAAAUUCUGUAUCGAACCGUGAAAAAGAUUCAACAAAAGAUAGAAAAAAAUCCACUAUUGGUUUUACGUCAAGCAAUACAUAGAGUAACUCCCAAUAUAGGAGUAAAAACAAGACAAGGAAGAGCACUUGCCAUUCGUUGGUUAUUAGAAGCAUCCCAAAAGUGUCCGGGUCGAAAUAUGGCUUUCAAAUUAAGUUCCGAAUUAGUAGAUGCUGCCAAAGGGAGUGGGGGUGCCAUAUGCAGAAAGGAAGCGACUCAUAGAAUGGCAGAGGCAAAUAGAGCUCUUGCACAUUUUUGUUAA